AUGCUCAUGUUCUUGGGCAGGUUCACCCGUUCCCCUGUCAAUAGGGUCCGCCCUACCGUGCUGCCCAGGGGAGGAGCAGGGCCUGCUUUCCAGAGUGCUGCAGCUGGGCCAGCUCACCCAUGCCCCUGCCAACAGGGCGAGCUCUAUUUUGCUGCCCAGCUGUGUGUGGUCCCUGCAUCUGAACAUAAUGUGAGCAGUCAUACAAGAGUGACUCACUUCAUCCUCAGGGGCUUCUCAGAUGUCCCACAGCUGAGAUUGGUGGUCAUCCCGUUUUUCUUGCUCGUCUACACAUUUGGCCUCCUGGGGAACAGCUCCAUCAUCAUAGCAGUGAUGAGAGACAGUAGGCUUCACUCCCCCAUGUACUUCUUCCUGAAGAAUUUAUCUUUCCUGGACAUGAGCUACACUUCAGCCACCAUCCCCAAGGCAGUGCUGAUAUCCUUCACAGGCUCGGGAGUCAUCUCCUAUCUCGAAUGUGUAGCGCAGCUUUACAUAUUUCUCACACUUGGAUGUACUGAAUGCUUCCUGCUCACGGCCAUGGCUUAUGACCGGUUCCUGGCCAUCCUCAGACCACUGCUCUAUGGCACCAUCAUGAGCCAGAAAUGUUGUGUUGAGCUGGUGGUCACUGCCUGGGUGGGUGGGGCCAUCUACUCAGCCUUCCACACUUUCAACACCUUCUCCCUCCCCUACUGUGGACCCAAUGUUGUUGAACACUUCUUCUGUGACAUCCCCCCAGUCAUGAGACUGUCCUGCACUGAUUACCGUCUCCACGAGGAGGUGGGCUUUGCCGUCAGCAGCUGCAUUGUCAUGAGCUCCUUCGCCCUCACGGUCCUCUCCUAUGUGGGCAUCGUGUCCACAGUUGUCCGCAUCCCCUCAGUGGAUGGCAGGUGGAAGGCCUUUUCUACCUGUUCCUCUCACCUGACCACAGUCGUCUUGUUCUAUGGAACUGGAAGCUUCAUGUACCUGAGGCCUGCCUCUCGGUACUCUGCCAUCCAGGGUCGCCUGGCAUCUGUUUUCUACUCUGUCCUCACUCCUUCUUUGAAUCCAGUUGUCUAUUGUCUGAGGAACAAAGACAUGAAGUUUGCUCUGCAGAAACUUUAUUGUGGAAGAAAGUCCUGAGUCCUACAAGACUGCGGUGUGUGGCUCUUAGGGGCUGAUGGCUGUGGCUGGAGCCAGACAGUUGUUCAUCCUCCCAAUCCCCUUUACCUUCCUGUGCCACUUGGCAUUGCUGAUCAAGGCUGUUGUAGGCCCUGUGGGAGCCUCCCCAGUCCCUGAAGAUAUGCUUCACUCCCUCCCAGUGACCUUUAACUUCAGCAGCUUAUGGCUCCUGCAACAGGGCAUACAAAUGACAUUUCUCCAGAAACAUCCAUGAGUCUUGUUUUUUUUUCUAAGCCAGAUAUGGUGGCCCAGGCUUGUAUCAACUGGGAAGGUGGAGGCAGGAGGAUCGGGACUUCAAAUUCAACCUCAGCUGUGUGGUGAGUUCAAAGCCA